AUGAUUGCGAAAUGCUUCUCUGUCUUAAAAUAACAAAAAUCUGAAUAAAAACAACGUUUGAUUGUAAAUAACUAAAUUAGUAACCAAGAACUUGAAAGCCUGUAACCGAUUCAUACCUUAUUAUCUCCAUUAUGCGGGAAUUCUCAAUGUUCGACUGAGAAUAGUUCCAGCAUCAAACUAUAAGAGAAAAUGAUAGAAGAACUUCUAUUAGAUGAGUAAUUUGAAUUGAUCUUCUCCGAUAUAGACAAUGCUGAGUACUACAGAUAAACUCUUGUAUUUAAAACUAUAUAAGAAUUAAAACAAGCCAUACCAAGGAUUAAACGAUCAUUUGACGGGUUGGUGAUGCCUAUAAAUGAAAUGCAAAUUGAUAAAUAGCUCGAUGAGUCAUACAAACUAAGGAUUAUUACCAAAAAAUUUAUUCAUCACAAUUUUACAAUUAACAUAAGAGCACUGUGUAGAUUUAUAGAGAAAAUCAUUGAAUUUGACCUAGCCUUCUAAAGCAGUGACAUUAUUUAAUAUCAUGAUGAAUCAAUUCACAUCAAUCCAAUAUCUUUAGUGAGAUGCUCAGAUUAAAAGUAGACUUGUUAUGAGUCUCUUAAAGAAUUGUUGUCGAGUCAAUUUGAUUUUUGUAGCAAUAUACAAUUGAUCCUUGAAAUAUUGAAAGAUUUUGAAAAUCAAGAUUUAGCAAAACUCUCAAGAUACCAUGUCACGGAUAAAGAUAUCUAUAGGCUGAAGUUGUAGCUUACAAGUAAAAUUUAUAAAAGAACGUAAAUAUGA